AUGGCUCUUACCCAGACUCCUGCUCGCCAUCGAGCCAUCAUUUACGAUCAACCUGGGCGGUUGAGCACCAAAGUCAUUGAAAUAGACACGCCAAAGCCUAGUUUUGGAGAUGUGUUAGUACAGAUGACUCACUCCGGCGUCUGUCGUAGCGAUCUGAGUGUGAUGAUGCGGAGGUGGAGUUACCUCGGGCCCCCUACUCAGGCAGGCCAAGUUGGAGGCCACGAAGGUAUUGGUAUUAUCGCAGAGUUAGGACCUGGCACCGAGAGCUCUAAACUGAAGAUCGGUGACCGGGUGGGUAUCAAAUGGAUGGCCAGAGUUUGUGGUAAUUGCCGUCCGUGUUUAAGUGGAAGGGAUGGAUGCUGCUUGAAGGGCAAGAUAUCUGGUUACGAGGUCCCGGGAUCCUUUCAGCAGUUUGCCCUUGCUCCUGCGAACUAUGUGACGCCUAUUCCGGAUGGACUCGCUAGCGAUCUUGCGGCACCAAUGCUAUGCGGUGGAGUCACUGCCUAUGCUGCCUUGAAGAAAUGUGAAGGUCAGCCGGGAGAUUUCGUCGUCAUCAUGGGAGCAACAGGAGGCCUCGGACAUCUUGCCCUGCAAAUGGGAGCAAAUGGAAUGGGCUAUGAAAUGAUUGGAGUAGAUUAUGGUGACAAGGGGAAUUUUGCAAAAGAGUGCGGCGCAAAUACGUUCUUUGAUGUGACUAAGUACGCAUCGAAUGAAGAUCUUGUCAAAGCCAUUAAAGAGUCGACUCCGGAUGGUCUAGGUGCAGCAGCAGUUAUUGUUUGCACGGCCUCCAAUGAGGCCUAUGCUGCUGCAUUGAAAGUCUUGCGCUUUGCUGGCACUCUAGUAUGUGUUGGAGUUCCAGAAGGAAAGCAGGUACCAAUUGCAACUGCAGACCCGGCGUCAUUGAUCUCGAAGGAGAUUCGAAUUGUCGGCAGCCUGGUUGGAAAUCGCCAGGAUGCCAUUGAGACUCUGAGUCUGGCUGCUAAGGAAGUAGUGAAGACUCGAUUUAGGGUAGAGCCAAUGUCGAAUCUGCAGCAGGUUUUUGAGCAGAUGGAUAAUAUGGAGUUGAAGGGACGUGUUGUGUUGGAUCUCACUUCAUGA